AGCAGCGCGGAUCAUGGCUGCCCUUGCUCUAGGCCGCCCUUGUUCUACAGGAAAAAAGAAGAAGGAGAGGCUGAAUUUCACAGCUUCCAAAUUUUUUGUUCAAGACAAGAAGAGGAAGAAAGCGGAUCGGACCAGGCAAGCGAUCGUCGUCAACGCUGUAACUAAAAGCUUCUGGUCAAAUGAUGCAUAUAUAAACAGAAGACGAGAAUGGCUCCACAUCGAGUCAUAAGGGAAAAAAUCAAAUAAAUACAGAAUGGCGCCACCCGUUAAUAUAGCAACAUCUACAUCACGUGAAGCGGGGGCAGAUCUCCAAAUGAACGCAGGCAGUGCAACUUCACAGGAUGAAGCUGCACCUCCACCGUACGCGUUUGUGACCUAUCAAAUGCAAAUAAGUACUUACAUAUCUCUGCGUCUGGAGUAGAAACGCCACGAAUUUGUGUUGCGGACUCAUACAUGUGUCGCAGAGCGAUGUUUUGUGCAGCAUCUACGCAUCACAAAUUUUUCGCUUAGUAUUGCGCGUUCUUCCACCGUGUUUAGCAUCACAAACAGGCUUCCAGCGCGACAAAAAUCAGGCCCAUUGCACUCAUGCAUGACAGAUCUCUUUCAAAAAAUUUCGCAUGACAAAUCCAGACCCAGACAUUAUAUUUGCAAAAAUGCAUAUGACCGUGGGCACGACGAAGUUUGAGCAGCUGAUUGCUUCCUGCUUUGACGCUCAAGUUUUUCAGACGCUGAGGGCGAAGAACAUCUUUCGCAUCGUAAUCCAAACUGGUUCCGGGAAAGUGCCCGCUGCGUGCUUGAUGCCGAGAAAUCCUAAAGUAGCUGGCGAACAAGAUGCGCCGGGUUCUUGCGCUAUGGCUAUGGGCCAGGACGAUGGUGACGCGGCUCCUUCGUUUCUACCUUUGGGCGACGUUGUCAAGAACAGCAUUGCAAACUCGUCCACGACAACGGCGAGCACAGAGAGUACCAGAACAUCAAAAACCACCGUGGUCGUGC